UUUGAAACGGGUGACCAUGGCGAUUGGGCUUCACGUCUCAGAGUGUUUCGAAAGCAUGAGAAACCAUGGCGGAAUCCAUGAAGGGUUCAGCGCUGGGAGAUCUUUGUACUGAAGGCAAAAGACCACGCUGUGCUUCCAAACGCCUUCACGAUCAGAAGCGGAGUAAAACAAGAAUCAACAUCGGAAGCGCUUUCCCAAGAUGGCGAGAAUUAUUACUGGAGAAGAGGAUGAAGUUAGACGCGGAACUGGCAACGUUCCUCUUGGACAGCUUUUUAAAUGUAAACUCCCUGCCAGCUGCAGCAAAAGCAGAUUGGACUUCAAUGGAUGAGGCUUCAGGAAGUGCUUGGGAUGACAGACAGUUACCGCAAGAUGCAGCUUCAUCACCAGUGGAGAUAGAGUUGGUAUUAACAAAAAGCAUGACGAAUAAGCCAAUGGCAGGUUCACAACAAGUCAUCAGCUGGAACAGAAGAGAUGUGCGAAGGAGACCAUACACUACAGGUGCAAAAAUAAACUUAUCCGAAACCAGAUACAUAACCUUGACCAAGGAAGGGUUUGUGCGUCUGAUGUUCCGCUGUCUGGAGUGCUCCAGUGAGUGCCGGAUUCGAGGGAAAGGCAGAGGUGGGAAUCUUACUUUCAGACAAGAGUGUAUGAUCUGCUGUAACUACAGAUUGUGGACCUCUCAGGCAGCAGAUAUACCAAAGAACACGGUGGCUGAUGAGUGUUGGCCAUGUGGUGAUGCUCGUGGGCUGCCAGUGGACAGGGUAGCUGUGAGUGUUGUCCAGGAACACAUGACUAAUGAGUGUACAAAAACUAUACAUAAGGACAACGCUCAGGCUGCGGAGGAUUCCAUCUCGGUGAGAGAGGAACAUGACGGAAACGUGAAAGUGGAGGAGCUAAGUCUCUUGAUGGAAACACAUGAGGACAGUGAUGAAGAGCGUUCAAAUCUUGCACUGAUAAGCUAUGAGACAGCUAAACCAGAUUACCAUGGGUCUUCUGACACACUGACGGCUGACGAGGAACUGUUUAUUGAUGAGUACAGUGGUGAAGAGCUUGCUGAGAAAGAGAGUGGAAAUUUCUCUCAAAAUAGGCAGGAAGAGUUUUUUGAUGUGUACCUGUUGAGCUCCUCGGGUGAAGCCAAUGUAAGUGCAGAUGAGGAAAUAUUAACUGAUGAGGACAGAAGUGAAGAUCUUGCUCAGAAAGCAAGCAAUGAGUCCUCAAAAAAGAGACAGCAAGGAGAUUCUGGCGAGUACCUGCCGAGCUCCUCUGACGAGGCUUUAGCGAGCUGUGACGAAGAAACUUCUGAUGAAGAGUUUAUUAAGAAACCAUUUCAGAACACUAUUAAACCAGUAAUUUGGUGUGUAGACUGUGAAGCUGUAGCUAAAAUGUUGUGCUCAAUUCAGCGGCACAAGAAGAACUACUGCUGUGCAGAGUGUGACUCUGGCAAUAGUGUUGAGAACCUUAGUUUAAAGGACUUCCCUGUUCAUUUUAGUGACAUCCGGAGUUUUCAUCUGCAUGCCAUGGCUAAGCAUUGUGGAACGGAAAACCUUUAUGAACACGAGAUGUGUCAGGAUUGUAAUAGAAAGAUCAGGGUAGAGACGGACUCCAACAAGAAGGGCCAUAUGUGCGAGUACAAGAUCAAACCGUUUUCCUGUAGCAUGUGUCACAAGCGCUUCUUCACAGAAAUUGGACAAAAAGUGCACUACCGUCGCUUGCAUGGAAACUACCAGCAUGCCUGCAAGUAUUGCAUGAUAGUGUUCAAUACAAAGCAGACCAAGCUAGAGCAUGAGCAGAGUCACAAAGAAGACACGCUGCCCUAUAUUUGCCCGGACUGUCCAGAAAAGUUUAAAGAUUUUGUUACACGCAGUGAGCAUUUAAAGACACACAGAGGUAAAAAGAAAUACAUCUGCAGCACAUGCAAUAGAAAAUUUACUGCGCUUCACAGAUAUGAGAGACACUUACGCAUACACUCAGGGGAAAAACCUUACAAGUGUGAGGUGUGUGACCGUUCUUUCAACCAGGAUGGACACUUGAAGUCCCACAUGCGCCUCCACACAGGGGAAAAACCCUUCCUGUGUGAGCAUUGUGGAGAGUCUUUUAAUCACAACAUCAGCCUGAAAAACCACCGGCAGAGACAACAUGGCAUUGAUCCUAGCUGUAUGCCAGCAGAGGAUAACAAACAGAUCGGUAGACCCAUAAGGAGCAAAGAUCACCCUAGAAGGCAAAGAAAAAUGCACUCUACUGCUGACGCUGAGAUUUGUGAGUAUGACUCUGAUGAAGAACAGCAGAAGAGAGGUCGGAAGAGGAAAUCAAGGAGGAAAAAAACAAGGAAAAAAAUCAUCAAGCAGACAGUUGACUUAAAGCUGAGUUCUGUAUAGCUACAAAGAGAAAAAUGUACUUUUAAACAUGAUCUGUUCACUGAGACGAGAUGAAAGAAAUCCAUUGACGUCAUAUACCACAUGAUUUUAUUGUUGCUUAAACAGUCAAGCAGAAACCACCAGAAUUACACAAAAGUAAAACAGUUACAAGCUAA